AUGGAUACCAAAAGAACCCCAAAUUUCACGAGCCAAGAAGAAGAGAUGCUGCUUCUACUGGUAUCAAAAUAUAAAAGCAUUCUUGAAUGCAAGACCACCGACAACAUACAGAACAGGAAAAAAAAUGACACCUGGAAAAUGGUUGAAAACGAUUUCAAUAGAAAUCAUGCGGGGAAUGUUGCAAGGACUGCAUUAGUUCUAAAAAACAAAUAUUGUAAUUUAAAAAAAAGAUUACUGAAAAAAGUUGGAGACGAAAGAGCAGGCAUAAGGGGUACUGGUGGUGGACCGUAUCUUGAAGUGAAUUAUGACGAAAAUGAGAAGGCUGUUUGUGAAAUACUGGGUGACAAACGUCUUGGACGACAGUCUUCUCUGUAUGAUGACAAUAAUGCACAAUGCAGUAGGCCAUUAGAAAAUUUUGUCCCUCUACUUGAUGGUACUUCAGUAACUAUAAACAACACCAUGGUAGAAGAAGUGUACGAUGAAGGAGAGGAUGUUGUAAAUGAUGUAUUUACUGACACUGUACUAGAAGAAGAAAAAAGAGAGGAAAUUACUAAAUGGUCAGGUAAUACAACACCUUUGCUUCGGACAAAGCGCAAAGAGUGUUUAACUCCGAAUGAAGGGCCAAUAUUAAAUACUUUAAGGAAACAAAGGUUCAAUGACCAAAUGUCAUCAUGGGCAUCUGGGAAAGCAGACCUUGCUAAAAUGCAAGAGCAAUCACUAAGUGACCUAAAUGCAUUAAAAAUGAAACUAAUGAAGGAGGAGAGUGAGGCUCGGAUGACAAGGGAGGAUAGAUUAAGCCGAUUACAAGAACAAGAGGUGCAGUUGCGUAUUGACAUUUUAAAAAUGGAAAAAACACAUUUAGAAAAAAAGCUAAAAAAUAAUUAA